CCAUUGGCGGAUGGACAGAUGAUACAAAUCAAGGCGGAGGAGGUUCUCACGAUAUUGAUGUUUUCGAUUUAAUUUAUUAUUAUCAUUAUUUUCCGUCUCUAAAAUGAGGCUGUAAGAAAUACAUAACUGUCGUGAAUUUGAGAGGACAAAAGAAUUCAAGAUCAUAAUUAAGGGAGAUUUUAUACCUAGUUUUUACAAGUAAAAAACAGAAGACCGGCUAGGAGCAGUUGAUAUUGGUUUGAGUUACUCGCUUCAUGUUACGUUUAUUUCCACGGUUUUCUUUUUCCCCUAAAGUAUAUUUUCUCAGAGAUGACGGCAGUUACACACAGCCAAUAUCAGUGUAUUCAGUGAUAACUGCUGUGUAUGAAUUUUCGCCAGUUAUGAUUACUUUCAGAGGAAUAGAUUGCUGUUGUUCAUCUUCGGUCCCGAAAACUAGGCCUAUUGCUGACCGCGGUCUUCCAGCAAGUAUGGUGACUGGCUUCCAUUGCUUAAUGAUGUCUUCGUAUUUGGACCCAUUGGCAGAGUAUAGAAUGAUAGCACAAUUCCACAACUAAAGUGAAUUGUGCCGCUGCCGUGAUUUAACUAUUAUAUGGUUGGUAUUUAAAAAGAAAAAAAAAAUGGAAAACUCAACCCAAGAAAGUACAAAAUGAAAAUUGUGAAUGAAGGAAAGAGACCCCAAAGAUCUGGAGAUUAUAUGCCCCAUUAGAUGAUGAUGACGAGGAAAAGUAAAAUGUGUAUGCGAAAAACAAGAGCUCGUCCGUAAAAUGUCUGGUAAAAGAUGGAAUUGAUUGAGAAAAGGCUGCAGCGCUGAAAUGUAAAAGAUCGCUACAUAAACUGCUCACCGCCUAACACGGAGUUUAGGAAAACGUGAUAACGAGCGCUGUAGUGAAAAUUGUCUCAAAAUCUAUUUCAGAAAUCACAUAUUACAUUGUUUUAAACGCCUGAUAUUUUAACAUAAAAUGGAAGUUGUACAGGAAAACUUGUAUUUCUGUAGGGUGUUAACCGGUUAUGUAUCCACCUAUGUAUACCCAGAGGUGCUAGUACUAGCGGGAGCCCUUGUUUAGUACUAACCCCACAGCGAUCAAAGUAUUAUAUACACCCAUUUCUGUAUUGUGUGGUCAAGUUAUAUUAAUAAACGACAUCUUCAUGCGGCCGUCUACUUUACUUAGCAUGAAUUAACCCUAGACUUUGACAAAGCUGGAUACCUGACAGAGGGAUGGUGCGCUUGCUUAAACAACAACAGUUGUUGGCAGCAGUGUUUCUUGUGACAGUCACUAUAGCAGCAGCUCAGACAUUCCAGUAUAGUAGAGGUUGGACUAACGGAAGAAAGCGGUCUGAUCCUUUAACCGGCCAGAGGAAAGCCGUUGAUAACAUGAUACAGACUUUGCCCGUCGCUCGCCUAAUGGCAGAUGGCGGACCUCAUCAGCAUGGAGGAUCAGCCCACACUGUUCAGAAGACCAUAGAGGACCGCCUGCGCAAUCUAGAAGUUGAACUGAACACACUUCUGGCAGCUGGCAGUUCGGCUCUAUCACCACCAGGCAACGAAAAUGAGUAUUAUCCAGAGAAGUAAAAAACCUCCAGGAAAUGCGUCUGAAAGUUCUUCAGUUCGUUUGGUAUGUUUCUUUCUUCCUACGAUGAUUUGCCUCAUUUCUGGACGUUCUUAGCAUUCUGUGAUAAGUUGUUUAGCCGAGGCUUUGUCUUUACAACGGCGACGAUGACGGGACAUCGUCUGUUUUUAGGUUUACUACUUCUUCAUCUUCUGAUAAAAUUUAUUUUCAUAUAAUAUUCAAGAUGGUGUUAUUUUAGAUGAAGCCGUGAAAGGAAGAGAAAAGAAAUUGCAUUCACUUGUAACGAACAAUAAGAACCUAGAGGUGGGUAGGAAUGUGGGCUCCUUUUCAUAGGAUUAAGUUUCUAGGUUUAUUCUACACGGAGUUAAGUACACAGUUCCUUGUUUGCAUGAUAUUGCCAUUUUUUGGGGGAAGGGGCGGGGAGGGAGGACGCUUUGCAGUGUCAAGUGCAGCUGGACUGCAAAACAUUUAGGAAAGCUUCAUAAUUUUAGUUUUCACAGAGCCCAUCCUAUUUGUUCCCUUAUAUCAAAAGGACAACGAUCAUUAGUCAAAGGCUUAUAAGUUUGGCUUUUAAGAUUUAGUAAUGGCCAGCAUUAUUCCUUUUAUAGUUUUCACGUUGUUAUUCUUCAUUAUUUGCUUGUAAUUAACGCAAAUUUCGUUUUUGCUGUUCAAGAAGUUUUUUAUUUUUAUUUUUUAUUUUCUGGGGCUUAGGACUUGAGUAGAGACUGUAUAGUGUCUUUAAAUGCUACAAUCUGAAGUAGAUAAUCAACCAUGUUAUGCUGGAAAGCCCAUUUAUUUUUGUUAAACUUAUUUCUUACUGAAAACCCAGAGUUUUCAUACUUGUGCUUUUAGUGUAAUAAUUUAACAUAUUCAUAGCCAACCGCUUUUGAAUUGUGCUGAGGUUAAAGAGUUCAUUUUGAAUAUCCCUUGAUCUGUUUGGACAGUGCAUUAGCUUUUUAUUUUUAUUUUGAUGAGCAGUAGACAUAAAGAGCCCAGUGAAGGAUAAGUAGGCAAAUAAAUGUCUGUACACGUGAAGAAAUAGUUUUGGGAAACUUGAGGGCUAAUUUAGCAUCAAUGUUCAGAUAUCAAGAAGGCUUAUGAUAUCACAGGAUUGUUUUACCGUUUUAGAAAUUGUGUUAGUAAGUGUAAUACUUGACAAUUUGUUUGUCGUACCUGUAUUUUUUUCCCUUUUACAUCCCGGAGUCCAUUGAUUUGUAUUUUUUAAAUAUAUUGAUCAUGAUUAAUUAUUUUGAAAGAUUAAUCUAGCUUCACCUGAUGUAUGUCCUGACUUGUAUUGUGUGUCUCUGCUGUCAGACAGUAUUAUUAGUUUCUAUUUGUUCACUUAGUUAUUUUGUUUAAGACGACCGAUGUCAGCGUAAUGCAAAUAGUCUCAUUGAACAACUGAUAAAUGCAGGUGUCUUCGAGUGUGGUGUCAUUUUCAGAUGGUAAAUCGGAAUGAUAUACUGCAGUAUCAUGAAAGGAACGUCCACAGCGACUUAACGCCAAUGAAUGUACAAUAUUUAUUAGUGAUUUGUGAAUUGGAUUUGAUUAUAACUGACAAUCUUAAUUUGAUUUGAUAGAAGUCUUGACUUGCUUAUUAUGAUUAUCACACUGUAUUUCAAUAUUUAUGAAAUAAAAGAAAUAAUUUG